AACAAACUAAUUCGGAAAAUCUAGUAUCUACCAAAACACUUUCCCCACUAAUCCUACUAAGUAGGUUUUAAACCACCUAAGGGGAGGGGGACAAAAAAAAAUUGCCCUAAUUUAUGAAUUCUCGAGAUUCCGGAAAUUAAAGAUAAAAAUAUGGCUGACGGCAGGCAGAGAACGCGAAGUCUUUUUUCACUUGACGACAUUUCUCGACUAAAGUUUAAAGCAAAGAGCUCGCAUCAUCUACAGACUUCACUUCAACAUGCAAUAACCUAAAGACGUCCAUUGUUCUUUCAACGGGCUGGAAGGAAUAUUUUUUGUGAAUAAGGUUAAAUCAAAGCAAUCCUCUUCAGACAUAUGUUAGAGAAAAUGCAAACACCAGAUUCUCAAUCACGUAACAUAUACACACACCGGCCAAGAUACGAAUCACCGAUUGCGCAAACAGAUGAAUCUCCGAGGUUUCAGUUGUUCAAUGAUCCCAUACAUGGCUUCGUCGAAUUUCAUCCCUUGUUGGUCAACAUUAUUCACACUGCACAGUUUCAACGCUUAAAAGAUAUCAAACAGUUGGGAAUCUGUUACUGGGUUUUCCCUGGGGCAUCCCAUAAUAGGUUUGAACAUUGUCUUGGAACUUCUUAUUUAUGUGGGAAGUUGAUUGAUACACUACAAGAGCUUCAUCGUGGAGAGAUUGAGAUCACAGAUAAAGAAUGCUUGUGCAUUAAAGUGGCAGGUCUCUGUCAUGAUCUUGGCCAUGGACCAUUUUCCCAUUUCUUUGAUGGUGUAUAUCUACCACAAGUAAAACCUUAUUUAAAAUGGGAACAUGAGUCGGCAUCAUGUGACCUUCUUGAUCACAUGCUGCAUUCGAAUCCUGACCUUAGUGAUUGUUUUAUGAAAUACAGUCUUUAUGAAGAGGAUAUAAAUUUCAUCAAAGAACUUAUAAUGGGCAAAGACCCGGAUAAGGAAGACGUGACAAGAAUAUGUGACUUGACUCGCAAACCGAAAUGGUUUCUUUAUGAAAUUGUGUCGAACAAACGAAAUGGUAUCGACUGUGACAAGUUUGAUUAUUUUUCCCGGGACUGCGCUAAUGUUGGAGUGAAAAGUAAUUUUGACCAUCGACGCUACUUUCAAAAUGUUCGCAUCAUGUCUAUUGACGACCAACUUCAGAUUUGCGUACGUGACAAAGAGGUGUUUAACUUGUACGAGUUGUUCCACACACGUUGGUCCCUCCAUCACAGAGUUUAUCAACACAAAACUCAUGCACCAAUAGAAGAUUUGCUGGCUAGGGCGUUUUACAAAGUGGAUAAAAUCAUGAAAAUUUCAGAAUCUGUGAACGAUAUGAAACGAUACACCGUCCUAACAGACAGCAUUCUGUAUGAUAUCUUACGAAACGACAGCGAAGAGCCGGGUUUCAGAGAAGCGCAGGAGUUGAUAAGAUGUAUACAAGAACGAAAAAUUUACAAAUUUUGCGGUCAGACUCAGCCACCAUCAGGUUCGGAAUGCCCCAGCAAACAUGAAAUCGCCUUAGAAUUGAUUAAAAUAUCAGAUGAAGAGUUACGAAUGGAAGGCAUAUUUGUUUCUAUAGUUGAUUUCAAUUUUGGUAUGAAGGAUAAAGAUCCAAUCGAUGCUGUGACGUUUUACAACAAAUCCCAUAAACCCGUGCGAGUUGGGAAAGAGCAUGUGAGUCAAAUGCUCCCGCAAAAUUUUCACGAACGCUUCGUCAGAGUUUACGCCAAACAACCCGAGAAUGCCCAGCUUUUACAGCGAUGCUUUAAGGCUUGGUGUAGCCGGAGGAAGUACCCGGUGCCCCUUGGCCUGGAAGGGACAAGUAACGGGUAUUUUUCUCCUGCGUUCAAAUCAAAUCCUUCUUCUCGUGAUGGCAGUGCGCUGUUGCCACCUCGGUCUUUGAAGAGUAUGUUUGAUAAAUGUGAAAGUAUUUAUUCAUAAGAAUGCGGAACAUAAAAAUUAAUAUGAAUUACGGUAAAUUGUCAUGGUUUGAAUAUAUUUAAUAGGAAAUAGACUGAAGUUUUUUAUAAAAAGUACGAAAAACGGACAUUGUUUUGUUGAUAAAGUGAAAUGGUUCUACUGUGCGUGGACUGAAAAGAACUUCUUACAAUCUUAGUAGUUAAUCGUUUUUAGUGCAUGUUUUUAGGAAGGAACACAUUCUGCUUAGCUUAUACUUUAAUACAUUUAACACGCAACGCGCGGAUAAUUAAAUUAUCUUUAUGCAGAUAGCUGAUUAUCUGUAUGUUUGAGCCCUCGAUCGAUUACUACAGCGGAAUAUAUUUCUUGCUAAAAUCGAUAGAACUUCAAGACGAACGACUCGAACAGUUUCUUAGUCAAGUUUCUGACUGCAAGAAAUACAAAAUCGAAGAAAAACUUCAUUUCUGCGACAAAGCCACAUUGCAAGUUUGCUCAUGUUAUGUAAAUAUUUUAUCGUUCUUUCACUGUAAAAACAAUAGAUUUCCGAAGAAAUAAAUAAAGUGAUAAGGAAGCAAAAUUAUCAAGGUCUUAGCAAGUGAUACCUCAUCUAAAACGAUACUUAUGCCUUGAUAUUUCUGCCUAAAUUGUCACAAAUUCUUAUCCAAUACUACUCUAUGAA